AUGCAAAAGACGAAUAUUUUGAGGCUAUUGCCAUACAUAUUGGUACUUCUUGGAAAUAAAGCUUUCUGUAAUAUAUUUAAUACAAGUUCAAUUUCAAUUAAUGUAGUAGAAGGUAGAAGUUCAGAUUUAGAGUUGGUCAUAAAAAACCCAGCAGACCACUCAGCAACUCCAGAAGUUCAAAUAAUUGAAAAGAUAUUUAGUCCAUAUAUUAUGAAACAGCAAAAACCUCCAGCAGAUGAUGAACAAUACGAACAUAUGCUUGGAGAAUUCUCAGAAAUGGAAAAUUAUGAUGAUGAGGACCAUGAUGAAGAGCAAAAUCAGCGAAUUAAUCCAGAAGGAACACCCAAAGGUCCAGGAAGCAGAACUAAGGGUAUUCCAGGAAGAUUAAUCAUUAAGUACAAAGAGAAAGUUUUAAGUAAAGCGGUAAAGGAGCUGAGAGUUGCAGGGAUUAUGUCAAAGAAUGGACAGUAUCCAAAAUUGGAUGGUGUGGCCUUCUUGACAAGAGUUGUUUCAGCUUUAUCAGAGUCUGCUGAUGAGCUCGUAGGAAUUAAGUCAGCCACAGUCCUGGAAGCUCUCGACAUGAUGAUUGUCGAAGUAUUUAAUAACUCCAAGGCAUCUGAGUACAUCUCAAAAUUGUCUGCAAGCCUUCUACAUAGUGACGAAGUAGAAUAUGUGGAACCAGACCAAGAAGUCAGGUUAGCAGAUUUUGGCAUAAGUUCAGAUUCAGGAGCUGUUUAUCCAAAUGACCCUAAGUUUGGGGAACAGUGGGGGAUGUAUAACAGGGUUGCAAAUACUGAUUCAAAAGUUUUAAUGGCCUGGAAACACUUGGGAAUUAAUACCUCAGCACCUAAAGGACCAGAAGGAUAUUAUACUUCAGAAAACCAACCAAAAAGGGAAGUUAUUGUUGCAGUAAUUGAUACUGGAGUGGAUUUUACUCAUCCAGAUUUAGUAGAUAAUAUGUGGAUUAAUGAGAAAGAGUUAUAUGGGAGACCAGGAGUGGAUGAUGAUAUGAAUGGUUAUGUUGACGAUAUAUAUGGCUAUGAUUUUGCAAAUAACAGAGGAGCACCAGUUGAUGAUGAAGGACAUGGUACCCAUUGUGCAGGUACAAUUGCAGCAAAGGGAAAUAACUACGAAGGGAUUUCUGGGAUUAACUGGAAAGGAGUUAAAAUUAUGGCUCUCAAAUUUCUUAGAGGAAAUGGUAUUGGCUUUCUUAGUGAUAGUGUUAAGGCUAUUAACUAUGCCAUAAAAAUGGGAGCCAAUAUUCUAUCCAAUAGUUGGGGAGGAGGAUCUUUUUCCCAAGCUACUUAUGAUGCCAUUAAAAGAAGUAUUGACAAGAAUAUGCUGUUUGUGGUUGCAGCAGGAAAUGAUAGGAAUAACAAUGACAUUAGGCCAACUUAUCCAUCAGCUUAUCAGCUUCCAAAUGUCUUGUCUGUAGCCGCAAUAGAUAUACAUGGGAGACUUGGAGUCUUUUCAAAUUAUGGACAUAGAAGCGUAGAUAUGGCAGCUCCUGGAGUAGAUAUCUUAUCUACUAGUUCAAAUAAAGGUUAUAAGAGAUUGUCAGGAACUUCUAUGGCAUGUCCAUUUGUUUCAGGAGCUGCUGCUUUACUAUAUGCUUUUGAUCCAAGUAUGACUUUUGACCAAGCAAAAACACUUAUCUUAAAAUCAGUAACAGUACUUCCAACACUGAGAAAUUCUGUUCGUACUUCUGGAACAUUAAACAUCUAUAGAGCCGUUCAGAUUAUGAGCCAAGAAGCAUAUAACCAGGAAAAUGGUAAAGAAUCUCCCAGAAUGGGUAUUUCUUGGAUUACUUUCAAAGCUCCUGAUACUAUUGGGCCUCAAUCCAGUUCUACACUUAAGCUUAAAGCUUAUGGAGAAAAACCUGGGUCUUUUACAUCUACUUUGGUUGUCAAAUUGUUAGAUUCUAAUGAUCGGGAUGUUACUUUGGCUCAAGGGAGACUUAAGACAAUCAUUAAUGUUGUAAGUAUACCAAAACCCAAGGCAAUUCUACCAAAUGGAAAUAGUACAAACCUUGGAUUAUCUUUCAUGGGAUUAGAAGGAACAAAAACCUUAAUUCCGAUUUCCAACUCAGGUAUCGGUACCUUAGAAUAUAUGGCUGAGUUUGUAAAUAUGGAAGGAGAAUUAGGAUCUAAAAAAAAAGGAAAGUUUAAAGUAUAUCCACCUUUGGGUACCAUACUUACAGUAGGUGAAGACCAAACAAAUAAGGAUCUUCAAGUUAGUUGUAUUCCUAAUUCCCUAGAAGGGUUUAUUAGUGGUCAUUUAAUGUUGAGAUAUAAUAAGGGAGGAAUGUCAUCUUCAUCCUCUUCAACAAAUAAGAUCUCUGCUAAGUCUACAAAGAUCCCAUAUGUUAGAAGUAAUUUAUUUACCGAGACAUCUUCUAUAAUAAAUACCCUAUCAAGUAAUAUAAUACCUCCAAAUGGCAACUAUGCCUCUUUAUCAUCGAGCUCAUUCCCAGUUGGAACUGAAAGAUUAGCAAUUAAACUUUACUGUAAAGGAUAUGGUAUAGAAGUUAGGCCUCCUUCCAUAAACAGGGUAAUUCGAAUUCCAGAGACGACAAUUUCUGGCUAUUUAAUAUUUAAGGGACUAGAGAAUUCAUUCAAACCAAAAGUCUACUUAAGAUUUAAGUCUUUAAGGGACCCAAGCUCAUCAAGGUUUGAAAGAGAAAACAAUAAAAAAGAUUAUCUCAGAAAUAUUAUUCCAAUUAAAGACUUAUCUCCCUCAAAAUCCUACUUUAAGAUGAUCCUCUCUGGAGAAGAUCUUCCUGCGAAAAAAAGAAUCAUUCAUAGACUGGAAGGAAUGGAUUCUGAGGAAGGAAAAACUAAGAUAGUGGUAUCUUUGGAUGAUGUAAUUAUACCCAAAUCCAAUGUUAAGUUUGAGUGGGUAGACUUUGGUCUUCAUCAAGAAACUAUUCUUACAGAUCUAUCCAAUUCAGAUGAUGGAGUACAGAAAGUAAAUCUUCCACGUAGCUGGCAUUUUCUUGGGGAAAGAAUCGACGAGAUUUAUGUUUCAGUAAAUGGAUUCAUCUCAUUUAGUCCAAUAUAUAGCGAAGCAUUUGUACCAGCCUUACCAUCAUAUGCUCCUCCUCAUGGCAUUUUGGCCCCAUUAUGGACGGAUUUCACAACUAAAGGGAGGAGAAAAAGUACAAGAAUUGUCACUUUCUUUAAAACUGGAGAAGAUGAGGAUUUUGGAAGUAGAGAUAAAUAUAGAAGAGAAAUGGAUAUGGAAGAACAGGAAGAGGAUGAAGAGGAGAACGGGGAAAGGAGGAAACAAAAUUGGGAGUUUGUUAUAGAGUGGAGGAAUGUGUUUCUGAAAUCUGAGCAAUAUAACUCCAAAUCUGCAACAUUUCAAUGUGUUUUGAAUAGUAAUGGAUCUGUCAGAUUUAACUAUUUGAGUAUUCCCUGGGAUGAUUUAGAGGAUCCAGGAAGUAUUUCAUCCUCGGGUAAAGGAAAUUUAGCAAUAAGUAGGAUUUCAUCCUCAACAAUGCUUGGAUGGGAAAGCAUUGAUGGAGUAAGAGGAGUUGGAAUUCCCUGUACUGAGAAGUUUCCUACAUCGGAGUCUUCAAUAGAACUAUACCCAGAAAAUCCAAAGAUUCCUUGGUUCCAGCUUAGUGAGACGAUUGUCCCACCCCUACAAAGAGCUCAAAUGGUCUAUAAAGUUGGUUGGAAGGCUACUAUUCCGUCAUUUUUUGAAGAUCAGACCUUUAAAGGGCAGAUUCAAGUAUCAUCAUCAGAUGGGGCUGCCUCCAUCAUCCCAGUCUCAAUUACUGCAAUUAAAGAAAGGACAAAUCAGGCUCAGUCUUCUGAAGAAUUAGAGGGGGAGUAUAUUGGGAUUUCUGGAGAAUCUGGAGGAUCUGAAAUGGAGAAAGUUGGUAGGCUAGACUCAUGA